AGAAGAAAGAAAAAGGGAAAAAAAGGCAAAAAUGUAAUAAUCUCAUUCUCGUGGCCUUGGAUUAGAUCUAACAACUACCAUAUUUGGGCCCCACAUUCCCCUAACGGCCUACAAACCCUCUCAUACAUAACCAAAACCCAUAAACUCAUUCGGCCCAAACCCCACCACACAACACUAACCAACAGCAGAUCACAUUGUAAAUUCCCACAAAUCUCAAUGAGAAUUCUGACAUUUUCACAUAUGUCCUAUUUUGCUUCCUUUGCAUCUCCAGCAAACGUCGUCGUUUUCCUCGCUCUUCUCUGCCUUCUAUUUACGGCUGCAACUAAUUAGCAGAUCAGACACGACUGUAAUUUGGCUCAGCACCAAGCGCAGGUGCGAAAGGAUAAUUCUGUCAUUUCACUGCUUCCCUCUACCGUUACUCGAUCGUUUAAACGUCGCCGUCAAAGUUCACUGCCUGGCCAAGCCAAAGCUAGCUAACAGGAGAGGGAAGCUACUGCACAGAGAGAGAGAGACCCUAGAUUUUUGAGUUUGAGAAGUGAAAUUUUGGGUAAAAGGAAUAAAUAUGGUGGGGAGUUCACUGUCUGGAUUGCAAGAUCACUUGAAAUUGGCUCGAGAAUAUGCUCUUGAAGGACUCUACGACACUUCUAUUAUCUUCUUCGAUGGCGCCAUUGCUCAGAUCAACAAGCACCUAAACACUCUUGAUGACCCUUUAAUUCGCACAAAAUGGAUGAAUGCCAAGAAAGCCAUUUCAGAGGAGGCGGAAGUUGUAAAGCAAUUAGAUGCUGAGAGAAGGGCAUUUAAGGAAACUCCCACAGGGCGACGAGCCGCAUCACCACCGAUUAAUGCUAAAUCAUCCUUUGUUUUUCAACCAUUAGAUGAGUACCCUACUUCCUCUGGUGCUCCCAUGGAUGACCCUGAUGUGUGGAGGCCUCCAAGUCGGGACGCUACGGGUAGGAGAUCUGCUAGGGCUGGUCAAGUGGGUAUGAGGAAAUCACCUCAGGAUGGGAAUUGGUCUCGCGGUGGUGCAACAAGAACAGCUACAACUGGUCGUGCUCAAAAGUCUGGUGGUUCAAGCAGGGUGAACUCGGGUGUCCGAGCAUCAACUACUGGAAAGAAAGGCACUGGUGCUGGAAAAUCUGGCAAGGGAGAUUCAGCUAAUGGUGAUUCUGAAGAUGGAAAGUCCAAGAAGGGACAAUACGAAGGGCCUGAUCCUGACUUGGCUGCUAUGCUUGAAAGGGAUGUCUUGGAAACUACUCCUGGAGUUAGAUGGGAUGACGUUGCAGGUCUUAGUGAAGCAAAACGACUUCUAGAAGAAGCUGUUGUCCUUCCAUUAUGGAUGCCUGAAUAUUUCCAGGGAAUUAGGAGACCUUGGAAAGGUGUUCUCAUGUUUGGCCCCCCGGGAACUGGUAAGACACUGCUUGCCAAGGCUGUUGCUACUGAAUGUGGUACAACAUUUUUCAAUGUUUCAUCAGCUACGUUGGCUUCAAAAUGGCGUGGGGAGAGUGAGCGCAUGGUGCGGUGCUUGUUUGAUCUGGCACGAGCUUAUGCACCAAGUACAAUUUUCAUUGAUGAAAUUGAUUCUCUGUGCAAUGCCAGAGGGGCCUCAGGGGAACACGAAUCAUCAAGAAGGGUCAAGUCUGAACUUCUGGUUCAGGUAGAUGGUGUAAACAAUACUUCCACAAAUGAAGAUGGCAGCCGAAAAAUAGUGAUGGUUUUGGCGGCUACUAACUUUCCUUGGGACAUAGAUGAAGCAUUGAGGAGGAGGUUGGAAAAGCGUAUUUAUAUUCCGCUUCCAAAUUUUGAGAGUCGUAAGGAGCUUAUUAGGAUCAAUUUGAAAACUGUUGAGGUGGCUCCUGAUGUAAAUAUUGAUGAAGUGGCUCGUCGGACAGAAGGGUACAGUGGAGAUGAUCUUACAAAUGUUUGCCGGGAUGCUUCCUUAAAUGGCAUGAGGCGCAAGAUAGCUGGAAAGACCCGUGAUGAGAUAAAAAACAUGCCUAAAGAUGAGAUUUCAAAGGAUCCUGUUGCAAUGUGUGAUUUUGAAGAGGCCUUGCAGAAGGUCCAGCGAAGUGUUUCUCAAGCUGACAUUGAGAAGCAUGAGAAGUGGUUUUCAGAAUUCGGAUCAGCAUAAGUAGGUAUAUAAUAUAUAUGACCAAUGUUGAAAAGAAGACACCUGCUGUGCUGGUUGAUUUUCUUCCAUUAAUUCAUUAACCUGUUGCUCUGUUUGUAUUUCAGCAGUGAUUUGAUUGAUUGUAAUCCAGUGUUUGUGUUAAUUUUUGUUUCUGUAGCCUCUCUCAUGCAUUGUUAUUCGAUUUAUUUUACAAAACUGUGUCUUGAUAUUAGACUACUGCAUCCGAUAGGAAUCGGUGAGAAAAACCUAAGAAAAUGUAUUCUUUGGCUUUGAAAAAUGUGAAAUUUAAUUUUUUUGGAUGUUAAA